UUUAUCCGCAUUAAGAGAACGACCUUGUUUGGAGAAUAUUUAUCGAAAUCUUCUUGUUAUCAAGCAUCAAGUCUAGAAUCGGAAUAUACUAACUCGAAAUCGAUUUGCAGUGCUUUAGACGCAAGCGAAAAUGAAAUUUGUUUUAAUAUUGUCAUUUUUUGUUUUGUCGGUUUUAGCAGAGAAAACCGAAGGAGAGAGAGAAGCCUCGGAGGUGGAAGAUAUUGGAUUGGUCCAUGCCUUCGUGAUUAAAUACUUGAGUAUUUUUGUUCCAUGGCAAUGUCCACAUGCUUCACAUGAAAAUAUGCAGAAGGAAAGAGGAAACGCUAUUGAAUGUGUUAAGAAUAUCAGUUUUAACAGUACAUAUUGCGAUACCUUUGUCCAUCAUUUCAAGCCUUGCCUUCAAGGACUGCUGGAUAAAGUUAAGAAAUGUGAUGAUCCUAAUUUCUUCUUAUUUAAAAACACUCUUGACUCGUUUAUUGAAGAGGCAAAAUACAUAUGUAAUGUUGAUGGAGAACACAUUUUGGAAAUAUCCAAUUCAUGCGUUGUUAAAAGUGUCAAAAUGAGUUAUGAAUGUAGAAAGAACAUCACAGCACCAAUCGAAGACAGGAAAAACCCAUUAACCCUUUGUAGGGGCUUCCCAAGCCUGUUGAGAUGUUUCGAAAGCCAGAUGCAGCAAGAAUGUGGAAAUGAAUUGACUAGAACAACCUUACAUGAUUUAUUUUCUGUUGAUGUAGAGCCAUGCAACACAGCAAUGAUGAUAUAUUUCGAAAUCGUGGAAAUGUUACGCUGAUUACAGAAUCAUUAUGGGUGUAUCAGAUUCACACUGAUUUCUCCUGAAAAAUGUAAAUUUGUGAAAUAUAUUUAAAAAUUAAAAAUACGCGAAUAAUG